CAGCCCCUUUGCCGUGCCCUGCCGCCGCCUCUCCUUCCAGCGCUGCAGCUCCGCGUGCCUGCACACAGCUCAUCGCACCUCACGCGUGCACUCGUCACCGUCCCUCAGCGCCGCCUCUCUCAGGCCUUGCCUGGCGUACGCCAGCGAUGCAGCGCUCCUCGCGCGCCGCGGCCGCCGCUGCCGCUGCUGCGUCGAGCAGCAGCGAUGCAGCGAGCGGCAGCGUCGACGGUGCGCGCAAGCGUGCGCGGCCCGACGAGCUGAGCUCCGGCGGCGCCAGUGAGGCAGCCGCCAGCAGCAGCAGCCGCGGCGGCGGCGGCGUGAUUGCGAUCCGCGAGGGCGACGACAAGGCGCGCCCGGCCGAGGAGGUGACGCAGCUGGGCUACGCGCUCCUCGACGUCGUGCUGAACCGCAUUGAUCCCGACGACGAGACGCUCCUGGCGCUGCCCUUUCUCGAGUUGCCCUCCCGCACGCUCUAUCCGGACUACUACACCACCAUCCGGCGGCCCAUGUGUCUGCACGACAUUGAGCGCCGCCUGGAGAAGCGCGCCUACGCCUCGUUUGGCGAGGUGCGCGCCGACUGCGAGACGGUGUGUGGCAAUGCGAAGCGCUUCAAUCUGCGCGACAGUCCCAUCUGGCUCAAGGCCAGGGCUUUGCACGCGGUGGUGAAGGACACAUACGUCGACCUCGUCAAGUUUGGCCGUGCCUCGCCCUCGCUCGGCGGGCCCGAGUCGCCGUCGCAGACGCGCCGCGUGCUCGAGAAGGCGCCGGGCGGCCUGGCGGCGGUGCGCGCUGCCAAUGCAGUGUACGAGUCGGGCGAUGAAGAUGCAGACGCAGAGGGAGAGGAUGACGAGGAGGCCGAGCAGCAGCAGCAGAUCAGCACUGCGGCGCAGAAGAAGGCGCCGUCAUCCCCGGCCGCGGCGCAGCAGCCGGCGUCGGAUCCGAGCAGCAGCCAGAAGAAGCCGUUUGACUUCAAUGCGCCGCGCGGCAAGCUGCUGAAGAAUGUGCUCAAGAGCAUCCUCAAGACGCUGCUGACCGUCAAGGACGAGAACGGCACGCUGCUCUGCGAGUUCUUCCUCGAGCUGCCCUCGCGCGUCGAGUACCCGGACUACUACAAGGUCAUCGAGCAGCCCAUCUCCAUCGAGGAGAUUGAGCAGAAGCUCAACAGCAAAAAGUACCGCAACCCGCAUGCCAUGUUCAGCGAUCUCAGCCUCAUGGUCGACAAUGCGCUGCGGUACAAUGAGGAUGGCAGUCCGGUGCACACGGACGCGGUGAACCUCAGGAAAUACAUCGAGACGGGCGCCGUGCCCGCACUUCUGCGCGACGGCUUCACGCUGGAUCCCAACGACGUGCGGCAGUCGGCCAUCCCGCCGGACCGUGCCGCUGCGCCGGCCAAGGAGGGCGCGGCGGCUGCGGCGACAUCUGCCAGUCCUGCGCCCGAGCCGAGCAAGAUGAAAAUCAGGCUGACGCGCAAGAGCACCGUGCCGGACCUCGCCGCGCCAUCACCGGCGGCGGCGCCUGCCUCGUCGCCGCCAAUCCCAGCGGCACAUCUCAGCAUGCCGCCGCCGGCCAGCACCUCGCUGCGUCCCUCUGCCAGCCCACGCAUGUCGAUGCGGCCCUCUGCCAGUCCGGCGCACUCACCCGCGCCCAUGAGCGCGCAGCCGCAGCACCGCCUCUCCUCCGCCGGCGCCGCUUCGCCGCCGCAGAUCCACAUGGCAGGCGCACCCAUGCAGCCGCAGCAGGCGCAGCAGAUGCAUCCCAUGCCGUCGCCGCAGCAGCAGCAGCAACAGCAGCAGCACCAGCAGCAGCACCCGCAGCAGCAGCAUGCAGCGAUGGCAUGGCAGGCCUCGCAGGGUGCGGGCUACUUCGCAGGCGAGCAGAGCCGCAUGCAGAUUCCGCCCUUUCGCCCCAACGGCGCACCGGUCACGCCUGCGCCGCGACAGCCGGUGCCUGCAGGCGCGCCGCAGGGCAACUAUGCUGCGUACCCUCGGCCCCCUCCGCAGCAGAUGCCGUACGCGCACUCGCCCGUGCCCGGCGCAUCGCCGUCGAUGCCGUACGCGCAGCUGCCGCAGCAGCAGGCGCCGUUCAAUCCAGCAUACGCCUCGCCGCGGCUGCAGUCUGCCCGACCGCCCGUGCCGCCGCAGCCACAAGCCAGCGCGCAGCCCAGCCGAGCGCCAUCAGCCAGCCCGCUCCCCGGCGGCGCUCGGCCGCCGUCGUUCAACGGCGCAGGCUUCGCUACGCCGGCCGGCAUGCAGCAGCACCCCGCGCGCCCACCCGGCCCACGCCGCCUCGUCGGUGCGCCGCCGAAUCCUCUGCGUCCGGCGCUCGUCGACGGCAAGCGCGCAGCACCGAGCGUGGCGAGUCUGACGCUCGAGGCUGGCACACGGCGCUGGCGCCUCGACAACCGCGAGACGUGCGCGCACGCACUGCUGCUGCCCGCCGGCUGCACGCAGGUGCGUCUGCGCUUCCGCACAAGCCCACCACAGGCCUCCAACGGAGAGACGAGCGCGCGCACGCCAACGGUGUUGCUCAACGCGCGCGUCGUGCAGGAACGCUCGCGGCGCGCCAAGGAGCGUGCAGACUCGGAGGAGGAGGACAGCGACGUCGAGCCGAUGGACGUCGAUGAGGCGGACGCUGAUGGCGAGACGGACGCGGAGGGCGAGCCGGACCCGGAUGAGGAGAUCCUCCUUGCGCCGCGCGCCGCCGUGAAGGCCAAGGACAGCUCGUAUCGCUUGCAGCUCCGGCGCGGACAGAACGUGCUCGAGCUGCUGGUACCUACGGGCGGCGCGGAGGAGCGCUGUCGCGUGUUCCUGACGCGGCCGUAAUGGAAUACCUGACACCUGACG